AUGGCUACAAUUGAUAUUUCAUCGGAUGAUUUGUCGUCCUUUCACGCGAAACAUUUUUCAACUUCGCCCAUGAAUCAUUUCUCUCAACAGUUUCUUGGGCCGGUAGAAGAGGUUUAUCAAGAGGAAGAGGAAGAUGAUGGGUUGGGCUAUUAUGAAGAUGGUACGAAGAGAACCCUGACAGAUGAACAGGCAAGUAUCGCAAUCUUCAGACACUCUGAGAUCGAGACCCUUCUGCGAGACCGAAGACAUGCCCAUGAAGCCAGAGAUAAUACGGAAGAGCCUAUAGCAGAGCCUGCUGUUGAAGAAGGAGAGAUCGAAGAAGGCGAGCUUGAAGAGGAUGGCCCGAUAAACGAUACACCGGUCCCUCAACCUUCAAAUAAACAACAAGCAAGCAAGAAGAUCACCAAGAAAGAAAAGAAAGCUCGGCAGGCUAAGGAAAAAGGGUUCUUCAAACAGAAUGUGAAGCCAGAUUUGCGGAAGCGAACAUGGGAUAAGGUGGAGACUGGACUUGAGAACCUUGAUUACGACGAGAUGGAAAACGCCACGAAUUCAGGUCUAAGUCGUUCCUCACAAAGAAGACGCAUAUCAUAUGAGGACGAUUGA